GAAAUGGAUUAUAGGCUCUCCUUCUCUCUCUCUUAAAUCCUGAUUCAUAAAAAUUUCUUUUUCGAUCAAUCAAUCGAAACCAUGAGUUCAUUCAAAAACACUUCGAACUUUGACAAUCUUCUUCUUCAAAAUCUAAUGGGUAAGCUCCAAAUCCGACCACCAAACACUAAUCCUUCAUCAGCUCCCUUUUCGAACAAAACCCUUGAAGAUAUCCUUCUCGAAACUCUCUCAAACAUACCCGAUGAUAACGAGGAAGACGACCAGGACAAAACCCAGCUGGCUAAAGAAGAAUCCAAGGUCGAGAAGGAGAUUAUCCGAACUAUUCUCAGUGGUAAAAGCGAAACCCUAAAGCCAAAUUCCGGUCAGGCUGUUUCAAUUGGCGAGCAUUACAUAUGUGUUGGUUUUCACGAAGAACCCGAUUCGGAAUACAGGGUUUGGGAAUGGCAUGGCCACAUAAUGUUGUUUGAUGAUGAAGAUGGAUAUAUGCCUGAGUAUGUUUAUGGGAAUUACUUUGAACGAUUGGCCUUUAAGUCCCCUCCUGUUGUUGUUGGAAACGCAGAAGAUGAUGAUGAAAAGCUGGAGGAGGAGGAGGAGAAUAGGAGCAACUUGGGACUGAGGGAAUUGAUUGAAUCGGUUGAUUCAAGCAGCAAUCGAAUUCUUCACCGCAAUGUGAGUGCUGCUGGUUCUCCAAGGUUUUAAAUCGUUGAAGAACUCACAAUUAAACUUGCAGAAAACUGAAUAAAUAUUAUCCUGUUGUUCUUGGAGUUUCUUGAUACAUAUCAAAUACAUGUUGAAUUUGAGCUAUGAUUUCUAAAAUUAGCCAGUUUGGAUAUGUUUCAAUUUGUGUUGUUACCAUUUGGUAUGCCUUAAUAGUGUUCUUCCCAUAAUGAAUGUCUUAAGUAGUUAUCAUUUUGAUGAAUAUGAGUAAUUUCUUGGUGAGAACAAUCCAUAGAACAAAAUCCACUCUUAGUUCUCAAGUUUGAUUGUUCUUGUUAAAUCUGUGUUUAGUGUUUAUUGUGAUCUCUCUGGUUA